AGUUUUCGUCGAAGCGUCAACGAUAACAGACGAAAGAUCAGAGAAAUAAAGAAAAUUUAGUGAAUUUGAAUGAACAUUCAACAUCAAACGAAAACAUAUUAAGUGUAGAUUUGAGUUAUUAGAAACCGGCGUAAAGAAUUAGAUAAUUGAGUGAAGCAUGAAGAUUUUGUUGUCUUGUCUCGCUAUUCUCAUUGGAGCGUCUUGCAUCACAGCAACACCACAGAAUCCCGUGAGCAAUCAAGAAAUUCGUGAUGCAAUCUUGUCACUUGUUCAUUCAAAUUCGUUAAUUGAUUCGAAACUCGAACGUCAUGAGACAAGAGAACGAGCUUUGGGUGAAUUGGUGAAGAAGGGUUUGAUGACAUUGCAGAAGAAUCAAAGAAUUUUUGAGCCAAUCAAAGGAUCUUUCGAUCGGUUGGAUAAGAGAGUUAGCGAGAUAGAAACAAUGUUAUUGAAGAGUGAAAAGCAAAAGAAAGAAGAACAAUCAAAAUUGACAAAUCUUCUUGAGAAAAUUCUCGCUGCCUUUGAAAGUUCUGCACAAGCAGCUACACGUUCAUCUGAUGAUUCUGAUGGAGAUGAUGAUGAUGAUGAAAAGUUACCAAAGAAAGUUGAUGAUCUCUUAGAUAUGGUUAAAGGUUUACGAAGGGAAAUUGCUGAAUUCCGAGCUGACCAAACUUCCAUUGAGGCAACAAACAAGAAUCUUGUAGCACAAACAGAAGAACUUGUAAAAGACCGAACAAAUCAAGCUGACGUUUUCGCAAAGAAACUUGAAGAGAAAUUAACGAAACUCAACAGUGGAAAAGAUUCUAAAUUUGAGGAUGACGUCAAAGGAUCAUUGAAAGAUCUUAAAACUGAUUUGAAACAAUUAUUAGAUAAAAAUGAAAAGUCAUCAGCAUCUGUUGGUGUCGGAUUAUCUGGAUUAAAUGAUGCUGAUCGAAAAUUCCUUCGUGAAUUAUCGAAUGAAACUAAAGAUGCCAUUCAAGAUAUGCAAUUGGAAGUUUUGACAGUGUCUGAUAAAAAUUUUGCAAAGACUGCAACUCGCAUUCAAGAAUCGCAUGAAGCGGUGGAUGAAAUGUCAAAAUCACUUGCUGAGCUGAUUUCUGGCAGUGAAGCUUUCUUUGAUGAAAGUCAGAAAUUCUUUGGUGAUUCAAGUAAUCCUUCGAAGCUUGAGAAGAUUAUGCUCGACACGUCAAACAACGUUCUUGAAACGAAACGAAGAUUCGAAUAUGGAAUUCAUCAAAUUAUUCUUGAAGUUGGAGACGUCAUGAAGACGGCAAACUCGUCAAUGCAAAAACGUCUGAAUGAGUUGAAUGAUGGCAUUUUAGAGAAUCAUAAUGCAGCAUUGGUGAACUUGAGCAGUAAAAUUGAGACGGAAAUGAGUCAAGUUUGGCGACAGAUUGGAAUUAUGUAUCAAGAAAUCACUUCGAGUAAGAAAGCUCUCGAUCGUCUUCAAGAACAAACAGAAUUUUAUGUCAACGGCACCAUCAUGACAAUGGAUUCAAUGGAGGGAAAAGUUGGUCUUAUCACAAAUCGAAUGCAAGAAGUCGAUUCAAACUUGAACUAUCUUCUCGGUCGUUUAUCGCUUGUCACACAAGAGUUCAAUCAAAUUAAAUUUGGAUUGGGAGAAGCACUCGACAAUAUACGAAGCAGCUUUAUGACGGUACAGGAGAAAGUUAAGCAAAAUGUUGGACCAGGGCCGCAUCGUAUUGAAGAAAACGAUAAUGAAAAAGAUUUGAAUUCGCUUAGCAAGCGUCAUGCUCGUUCGUUCCCGUUAAACUUUCGACGCAAGAAUGUCUGAUAAUUAAUACAUAUUUUCAUCAAACUCAUGAAUUGCACUAACAAGCAAAUGGUAUUUUAAUUGAAAAAGUUUUCUAAUCAAAUUUUAAUAAAAAUUGAAAUUUAACUCUUUAGAGAUUAAGCGAAUUUUCAUUACUAACACAAAAAUUUAUGAUGAAAGGAAUUUCACAGAACAAAAAGAAGGAAAAUGAGAGAGAAAUAAUAAAACUUAUUAAAAUCAA